AUGCUAUUGUUUCUCUUUGCCGCUGUCACCGGGCUGCUGGCUGCAGCUGCCAAUGCAGCAACGCCAGCAGACUGGCGCUCGCAGUCCAUCUACUUCCUGCUCACAGACCGGUUCGGACGAACAGACAAUUCCACCACCGCACCAUGUGAUACCAAUGCCCGAAAAUACUGCGGCGGUUCCUGGCAAGGGAUUAUCAACCACCUGGAUUACAUUCAAGGAAUGGGAUUCACGGCUAUCUGGAUUACUCCCGUGACGAAGCAGCUGUCGCUGGACACCGGAGACGGGACAAGCUAUCACGGUUACUGGCAGCAAGAUAUCUACUCUCUCAAUCCAAAUUAUGGCACCGCUCAGGACCUGAAGAAUCUUGCGACUGCCCUUCAUAACCGCGGAAUGUAUCUCAUGGUCGACGUUGUAGCGAAUCAUCUGGGGUACGCUGGCUCAGGGACAAACAUGGAUUGCAGCGUGUUCAAUCCGUUCAAUAACAAGGAGUACUUCCACCCGUACUGCGCCAUCACCAACUACAGCAAUCAGACCAACGUGGAGGAUUGCUGGCUGGGCGACAAUAUAGUGGCGUUGGCAGAUCUGAACACCUCGCGAACAGACGUGCAGAAUAUCUGGCACAGUUGGGUGGGCAAUCUGGUGUCCAAUUACUCGAUCGACGGAUUGAGAAUCGACACCGUCAAGCAUGUCCAGAAGGACUUCUGGCCAGGCUAUAAUAAGGCUGCUGGUGUGUACUGUGUGGGUGAAAUUCUGGAUGGCGAUCCAACAUACACCUGUUCGUAUCAGAACUAUCUCGAUGGAGUAUUGAACUACCCGACAUACUUUCAAAUAAUAUCCGCAUUCCAGUCGACAAACGGGAGCAUCAGCAAUCUGUACAAUAUGAUAAACCAAGUGAAAUCGAGUUGCAAGGACUCCACUCUGCUGGGGACUUUUGUCGAAAACCACGACAACCCGCGAUUUGCAAGUUACACAAGCGACUACUCCCUUGCCAAGAACGCCAUCGCCUUCGUCAUUUUAUCAGAUGGCAUCCCUAUCAUCUACGCCGGUCAAGAGCAGCACUACUCCGGUGGGAACGAUCCUGGCAAUCGGGAAGCAACCUGGCUGUCGGGGUACGACAUCUCUGCCGAGCUGUACAAGUUUAUCGCGUCUGCAAAUGGGAUUCGCUCGCAUGCGAUUAGCAAAGACAGCGGAUACCUGACCUACAAGGCGAGUCAACGUCCAAUCCUUCUUCUGAAAGAAGACUCGAGUUGA